CUUAUGAAUAGGUACCUAUUUCACUCUACACCUCGUUACACGUAUAAUCUUCUAAGAUACAAGACUUUACUAGAAUAACUCCGUUCACCUAAACUACUUAUCGAAAUGGAUGCACUAAAGAAAUUCGCUGGCAAGUCAGAAACCACUGGCAACACCAACAACGCCCAACAAUCUGGCGAGAAGAAAGAUAUCGGAGACAGAGUUGCUGGAUUUCUCAACAAGAAGGAGGGUGGGAAACUCUCUGACCAACAGCUCGAGUCUGGUACAGACAAGGCGCGUCAGCUGUACGAGAAGACCACUGGAAACAAGGUCGACCCUAGAAUUUCGAACUAGACUGUAGAAGAUGGAAGGCUGACAGGCGAAGGUCGAUGGGAUCCAAUAUGAAGCAUUGGUAUCAACUCGUCAUGUACUUCUAUAAUGAAUAAAGGUCCUUUUCAAGGUUCUGGUGUUCUGAAGGUAGCAUGAGCUUGUAAAACAGUAUCUUAAUCAUCCCUAGGUACCUAGGUAGGAGUAUUUUACUCCUUUAUUAAGACACAAGCACUCAAGUCAUAAUCUUAUUCCUCGAUAUAACAUCCA